AUUAUGAGUAGAAAGCUCAGUGGUUGUGCUUACCGAAAAUUGAGUAAAAUUAAAAAAGAUAGUAUAAAAAAAAGUAUGAAAAAUAAUAUCAAACUUGGUGUAAUGUUCCAAGGAGUACAACAAAUAGGCACCGUUCAUACCGUUCAUACUGUUUACAGUGAAAUCAUCGAUAAUAUUGGGCGUUCAAGCAAUAAUGAAUUGCAUGAUAGAAAUGAAUGUUUUGAAUCUCAAACUACUAAUGAAGUGAACAUUUUACAUACACCCAGUUCUUCAGAUAUGCCAGAUGAUGAUCCUGCUUUAUGGAUAUUAAAUGAGGUGACCAGAGAUUUUAUUUACAGAAACGGAUUUAAACAGAACUUGGAUUGUGAUUUCUCACAAUCUAAGACACAAUACCAGUUUAUACGUCAAGGAAAAUUUAGACCUCAUAAUAGGUACCUCAGUAAAGAUUUAUUUAAAACAACGUUAAUUAAUGGUAAAACAUGCCAAAGACACUAUCUUAGUUAUUCAACUGGAAACAUCCAAAUAAAAUCAAUACUCAUGAAAAUUCAACCAUGCAUAAAACUUGCACAUUUAAAAUGAAGCAUCGUUCAUCAGAUUUUGGAAGAGUAGACUCACAACUUACACAUAAACUUCAAGCUGAGACUGAUUAUUGGGUCAAUGUGCUCAA